AUGGACAUUUAUGACCGCUACAUGUCAAAAUAUUAUCGCAACCUACGGAGACUGCCGAAAGAAGGAAGAGGCAAAUUUUAUGAUGGUCAGAGAACGAUCGACAAGGCUUCACAACAACCUUAUGGACUCCUGUUUACAUCCCUGAAUUGGAAGCUGCUGGAAAUAAGAGGUAGGGGGAUUUUUGUGCAUAGGACAUUCUUGAAAAAUUUUACUCUGCAGCAGCUGAGGUAACAAUGUUUACCAACGAGAGAGAACGCGAAAUUUGACAAAAACCCAAAGAGAACUUUUUGCGUGAAAACUGGCAAAUCUUGGCAGAAGAAAGUAAUUUUUCGUGGAUACAUUUUUUAUCAUACGUCCGCAAUUUAGUGUCAUAGAAAAUUAACAAAAAAAGGCUUCGCCAAGAGAAGCAACGGGCUUGCAAUUAGAAGAGCAAGAAUUUAAAUUUUUUUGCUAAAUAUGCAAAUUUUUUGCACACUUCCAGAAGUCCUAGCAAAAAGGUGUCAAUAUGAAAGUUGCUUAAAAUCAAUCAUUCUAUAACCGUGAAAAGGUCCGGAGUCAAUCGGGCAACUAGUCGAGGAGAAACGAAAAAUCUGAGAAUGUUACAGUAUACCUACAGUAAGCCAAAAAUUUAAAAUUAGACCUGCCCAUUUUAAUACACUAGUAACUAGCUAACUACGGUAGAUAUUUCAAGUCUCUACUGUAUCAUCUUGUUUUUUGUGCACAGCUAACUCGAGUCUCUCGCAAAACCUGCUUUAAAGUUUUUGCGAACUGUCGGCUUAAAAAUAUCAAUUUUUCCUGAAAAGACCAAGCUCAAAAAUUUGGCAUAUUUCGUAGAAAAUAUGUAAUCUUAUUUUGUGCCAAGUUUCAUCAAUAUCUAGACGUCCACCUUUUAGCGUUUUCGUCGUUAAUGCUCUCCAAUUAUUUCAGACGUAACAGCCGUUGAAAUCAUGGCCUUCCUCACUCUAAUCAUCAUGCUCUCCACUCUCUUCUCCACUUUCCUCCUUCUUCCCGCCGCAGUUCAGCAACUCCAUUCAACGAAGCACGCAAUCUCUCAAGUCUCACUGCACUUUCGCGAAGAAACCAACAAGGUUUGGGAGGAGCUACAAGAGUUUACUCGAACUCGAAGCAAAAGAGCGCUGAGUUGGGCCGAAAUCCGUCGAAAUCACAAGCGAAUCGCCUUCCCCAAAACGCGACAAAAAUCAGCCGCCGGAAGUGGAGGGCCGAAGGCAAAAAUGGAGGUCCCUCCGCGAGCUUCGGCGCCACUAUUGCCGCCGGGGUUUGAGGAAAAAAAUAUUAAAAACUUGGAAAAUUGGAGGAGUGGGAUUAAUACUGGAUCGGCCGGAACUUCGACGGCUCCAAGAGUUCAUGGAGUGCAGAAUUAUGAGGCAAAUGAAUUGAGAAGAACUACAGUGGCGUAUAAUGAUUUGUCAGAGAAAAAGAAGAGGAUUGCAGCGGAAAAAAGGCCACUGAAGACGACAACGGAGGAGUCCGUGCAACGGGAAGGUAAAUUUUUUUGUCAGGGAUGAAAUUCCGGAUCCAGUGGCAAAAAAAGUAUCAUUCAUGCAUCCAGGAAGUAUAAAAAAUGUGGCAAAAUGCCUCCCUCUCCAACUAAAAAAACGUCGUUUUGAAGGACGCGCCCUUUUCCCUCACAAAAAGAGCGAGCGCGCUUUCAUAAAAUCGUAGUUUUUUAACUUGGAGAGGGAGGUAUUUUGCCACAUUUUUUGAUACUUCCCGCAUGCUAAAUGGUACGUUUUUUGCCACUGAAUCAGGUCCGCCACUGUAAUAAUCUCAGUGAUUCCUGCAAAGCACAAGCUGAAAAUCUUGAAAAUGUUUUAGAAAAUCCUAAUCAAAACUUUUUUCUAUUUCAAAUCACCAUCUAAAUUUUACAUUGCAAAUGCUCUCAUAGGCCAGUAAAAUUGCUUUAAUACAAGUCUAACAAUAAGAAGUGUAAAAGACGAAAAACUUAAUUUCAAUUCAAUUCAGAACCCCUUCGAAGAGCCCCGCCUCCAGGCGCCUUGGCCAGCAUUCCUCUGCCGAUUGGCUACAUUCCCUUUCCUUUUCAAAAAUUCAAUUUUCUUGGCGAUCUCAUCCCUCUGCUUGUUCAGCAAGAUGAGAAACCAAAAUCGAAGAAGAAUGGUGAAGAUAUUUUGGAGGACAACAGCUCCAUUGAUGGCCUAAAUGAAGACAUUUUUGAUGCCAAAACGGCCGAGACAGCAUUGGAGGUAAGUCUGCAGAAUUUGCAAGGGAAUUAUUUACGUCAAGAUAGAGGCCAUUUUUCCCCUUAUAUAAUAAAUCAUCAAUUUUCAGCGUAUAAUCCGCAUCAACACAAUGAAUGCCCAUAACCGUCAUGUUUUUCCUCAUGAAGUCGAGGAAAUUAUUCAUCCAGGAGGCCCUCCCUUCACUCCAUCCGGUUCUGAGACCGCAUCCAGUAUUGAGAACGCGUCUUCUGGAAGUGAAGAGGAAUCCGAAGAAUGCCGAGGGCCAAUCGGAAUUCCGGGGGAUCCCGGAGAAGACGGAUUCGAUGGAAUCCCCGGACCCGAUGGAGCACCCGGAGCCAAUGCUACAAUAGAGUACAUGGAGGACGAGGAUGGAUGCCAAGUCUGUCCAACUGGCCCUCCGGGCUUUGUGGGAGAGGAGGGAGAGCAGGGCGAUCCAGUGAGUAAUAAUAUCAUACACUCCGUUACGAAAGUAUACCUACCCCAUGGAAAACUGCAGUAUCUAAGGCUGGGUAAGAGAUAUCGAAAAACCUGCUAAUGUUAUUCGAAAGAGCAUGUUGAGUAACCUAUUAACGCGUGGAAUCAGCCGGUGAAAAGACUUUUGAUCGGCUUGGCAACUAUUUUUUUAUUUUUUGACCUUUCAAAAGUAUACCAACAGUUUUUUUGGCUAAUGCAGCCCGGAUUUUGAAUUAACACACCCCGAUUUCAUUCCAUCGUGUACCCUAUGGUAUUAGGAAGUGUAUUAAAUUAAUUUCAAUUGCACUUUAUCCACGUAGUACUUUUGCGAGCCAUCUCUGACCUUGUACUUGAGGUUAAUCUUAAAUUCAAAAAAUUUCUUGACUAGACUGCUUCCUUGACGGCUAGACUAUAUUACCUGUGACGUGACACACACAUAGCACAUUAUGAGUAAAUAAAACAGCUUACUCAAAGUUUUCAUGGUCAUAUCGGCCAAAAAUAUUGAAUUUUUCUCGUCAUAUCGGCCAAAAAUAUUAAAAUAGUUGCCAAACCGAUCAAUUUUUUUUCAUCGGCCGAUUCCACGCGGUAAUAGGUUAUACGACAUGCUCUUUCAAAGGGCAUUAGCAGUUUUUCUAUAUCUCUUACCAAACCUUAGAUACUGGAAUUUUCCAUGGGGUAGGUAUACUUUCGUAACGGAGUGUAUUAUGAUUAGGAAAAAGUAUUAAAAAUCAAAAACUCAUCUUUAAAACAAAAAUUUCAGGGUCGCGGAGGGUUUCCUGGCCCUCCAGGCUUUGUCGGACCGGACGGCGAAGACUCGAUUUGCGUUGGUUUGGACGGCGAAGUCGGCGACCCAGGUGAAAACGGGCCUGUUGGACCGCCAGGCCGUCCUGGAGAGGAUGCGCUCACCGGAAUUGGAAAACCCGGUCCUCCCGGAGAAGAAGGGUUCAUUGGGCCGCGAGGAAGCGUUGGAGAGCCCGGAAGACCUGCAAAAUCAAAACCAGGCCCUCCGGGGAAACGGGGUCCGAGAGGUCCGCCCGGACAGGAUGGAGAGCGGGGAGAGGUGGGAAAAGAAGGAACUGUUGGGAUACCCGGAUCGGAUGGAACGUAAGUGACCUCUAGAAGAUAUUGGAACUAUAUAAAAAUCUUUUUACAUUACAGUAGGACCUCUUACACAUCUAAUAAAAAAAUCUAAAAAAAUCACUUUUUCAAAAAAAUUUUCAUAAAAUCCUCUCGUUCAAAUAGUACUCUAGGACUCCUUAUGGCCUCAGAAAUCUUAUGAAAAUGCAUAACCAUUUCCGACAUUAAUACCUACUACAAUGUAAUUCCAGAUAUUGCCCAUGCCCUCGACGCCCCGGGAUCCGCCCAGAUAUCGCCAAAAAAGCGUAUAAGUACUCUCUAACUCCUUUGAUACCUGGAAAACCAUUCGGGUUGGUUUCCAGUGAAGAUUUGAUCCCGAAAAAGAACGAUCCAUGGCUGAAACGGAAGGUAAAGAAGUUCAAAUCGGCUCUGAACCCAAAAUCUUUUUGA